AUGGAAAAUGCAAAUAGAAAUGUUGCUGAGAAUCGAGAAGCUCUUCGUGUCAUCAUUGAAAUUAUAAUAUUUACUUCACGUCAGAAUAUAGCCCUUAGAGGACAUGAUGAAAAGUUAACUUCAAACAAUAGAGAAUUAGUAAGAUGCUCAAUUUUAACUAGAAUUAAAAAAGCUGGAUUGUUAUCAGUCAUUAUUGAUACAACCACUAAUGUCGCAAAUAUUGAACAGUUUUCAUUUAUUAUAAGAUUUGUUAAUAUACAUGGUGCUAUUGAAGAAAGACUUGUAGCAUUAGAGGCUGCAGCUGAUGGAACUGGAAAAGGAUUGUAUGAAAAGUUUUGUGAAAUAACAGAGAAACAUAACAUUGAUUGGAAGAAAAACUUAUGUGCUCAGGCUUACGAUGGUGCUGCUGCAAUGCAAGGAACUUAUUCAGGGUUACGUACAUUUAUUUAA